CUUUUAGAUGUUCAUUUAUUCGAACAGGUCUCUUCCAUUCUCCAUUGUAUGACCCGGCGAUUUCCAAGUCAAGAUUUACAUAUUUUACAAGUAAAAUACUAAUACAAUGGUGGAUUUUGUGUUAUGAAUUGACGACGUGGAAUAAUCAUCAAGUGAAUAAUUGUUUAUUUUGCAAAUUCGAUUCGUUUCGCUAUAAUUAUCGAUUUCCUAUACGAAGGAGGGAGUUUGGACUUGAUGUCUUUGGUGUGUUUGCUCAUUGCCUGUUAACAGAAUUUUUCCUUAUCGUCAUGUUUAUUCGGGAAAAUAGAAAUCAAGUAAGUGGUCGAGGUGGUAGAGGUAGAGGCAGUGCUCGAGGUGGUGGUCGAAAUAUUAGAAAUGAAAGUAAUCGUGGAGGUGUCAAAGGAAAAUUCAAUAAUCGCGGUGGAAUUCAAUCAAAUCGUGGAGGUUUUAAUAAACCAAAAAAUCAUGGAGAAUCAUUGCAAAAAUUAAAUUGGGAUUUAGGCUCUUUAGAAACGAUACAAAAGAACUUUUAUACCGAACAUCCAUCAGUUCGAAACAGAUCCGAAGAUGAAAUUCAGUAUUUUCGUAAAGAAGCUAAAAUUAUCGUGAAUGGAAAUAAUGUCCCUAACCCCAUUCAAUAUUUUGAAGAAGGAAAUUUUCCGCCUUAUGUAAUGGAAGCAAUAAGAAAACAAGGAUUCUCACAACCAACUCCUAUUCAAGCACAAGGUUGGCCAAUUGCUCUGAGUGGAAGAGAUCUCGUUGGUAUUGCUCAGACUGGAUCUGGAAAAACACUUGGUUAUAUAUUGCCUGCUAUCGUUCACAUAAUUAAUCAACCGCGACUGAAUCCUGGUGAAGGGCCAAUCGCUUUAGUUUUAGUACCAACUAGAGAAUUAGCUCAACAGAUUCAAGAAGUAGCGAACGAUUUUGGCGAAACUGCAUCAGUUAGAAAUACUUGCAUUUAUGGAGGUGCACCCAAGGGACCACAAGCCCAUGAUUUAGAAACUGGAGUUGAAAUUUGCAUUGGCACUCCUGGACGAUUAAUUGAUUUUCUCGAAAAGGGAAAUAUUAAUUUAAGAAGAUGCACGUAUUUAGUGCUGGACGAAGCUGAUAGAAUGCUCGAUAUGGGAUUUGAGCCACAAAUUCGCAAAAUCAUUGGACAAAUUCGACCGGACAGACAAGUUUUAAUGUGGUCAGCGACAUGGCCCAAAGAAGUACGAAAUUUGGCUGAAGAAUUUUUGACUGAUUAUAUUCAUUUGAAUAUUGGAUCCCUUAAUCUUUCGGCAAAUCACAAUAUCAUUCAAAUUGUUGAUGUUUGUCAAGAAUCAGAAAAAGAUUUCAAACUAAUAAGAUUGUUACAAGAAAUAAGUACCGAACAGGAAAAUAAAACGAUUAUAUUUGUUGAAACAAAGCGAAAAGUCGAUGAUAUUACAAAAAAUAUAGUACGUGACGGAUGGCCAGCAUUAAGUAUUCAUGGCGAUAAAAAUCAACAGGAAAGAGAUCAUGUUUUGCACGAGUUUCGCACUGGACGAGCGGCAAUUCUCGUUGCGACUGAUGUUGCUGCAAGGGGUUUAGAUGUGGAUGAUGUAAAAUAUGUAAUCAAUUUUGAUUAUCCAUCUUCAUCGGAAGAUUACAUUCAUCGCAUUGGAAGAACUGGUCGUAAACAUCAAACCGGAACGGCGUACGCUUUUUUUACAACUCAAAACAUGAGGCAUGCUGGUGAUUUAAUAGAGGUUUUACGAGAAGCUGGCCAAAGCAUUAAUCCUCGAUUAAGCGAAAUGGCAGAAAUGGCAAAAACCUCCAGUUCUGGUAACAAAGGUAACAAACGUUUUGGAGGAAAUUCCAGCCAGUACAAAGAAAGUGAUAAACGUGGGUCAUACGAGGCUAGAGGAAGAGGAAGAGGAGGUGGCGGUGGCGGUGGCAGAGGUCGAGGCGGAAGUAGCCGAGGUGGUGGAAAUACCUAUCAAUCAAGAUCUACCACUUUCACAACAGGAUCCAAUUACAAUAGUUACAAACCAACUUAUUCAAAUCCAGGAUAUGACAACAAUGCGCAAAAAAAUUACGGACAAAGCUAUAAUUUUCAAGGCUAUGGUGGGUCAAAUAAUUAUCAAUACAGAGAUACAUCAUAUUAAAUAUGUUUAGAAAUUUUAAAUGUUCACAUGAAAAAUUUUCCUAAAAACAAAUAAUAUGGAAAAGUGACUUAGCGCUCUAUAUCCAUAAUUAUUAUCGUUCUAUCAUAAGAAUUGCGAACACGCAAUGAAUUUUUAUCGUCCAAAAAUUGUUCUCUCACUUUAUUUUUAUUAUUGCAUAUCAAAAACUUUGCAAUUUCAUAUUUCACACACAGUCCAAAGAUUAGAUAUAAAAACAAAAAAAUGAGGUAAAUUAUUAAUUAAAAUUACGUAUAAAAGUGA